CUGGGUUCGAGAGGGAGGCGAGACCCCGCUGGGAACUCUUUUUCGUGGCGGAGGCUGCCGCCGGUCGCGGACGUUUCACGACGGGGGAGGUGCUGUACGUCCAAGAUGGCGGCGCCCUGUAGGCUGGAGGAGCUGUGAGUGACCAUGAAAGACACCAGGUUGACAGCACUGGAAACUGAAUUACCAAGUGUCCCCAGGUCAGUCUGGUAGUGGCACCAAUGAAAAGCCUUCAGAAUCUUUAACGAACGUCCUGGACCCGGCACAGCACAUCCGUGUAAGAUAAUGGCCCAACAAGCGAACAUCGGGGAGCUGCUCUCCAUGCUGGACUCCUCCGUGCUGAGUGUGCGUGAUGACGUCACAGCUGUCUUUAAAGAGAAUCUCACUGCCGACCGUGGUCCGAUGCUUGUAAACACCUUGGUGGAUUAUUACCUGGAAACCAAUUCUCAACCGGUAUUGCAGAUCCUGACGACCUUGCAAGAGCCACACGAUAAGCACCUCUUGGACAAAAUGAAUGAGUACGUGGGCAAAGCCGCCUCUCGGUUAUCCACCCUCUCCCUGCUGGGGCACGUCAUAAGGCUGCAGCCAUCUUGGAAGCAUAAGCUCUCUCAAGCACCUCUUUUGCCUUCUUUACUAAAAUGUCUCAAGAUGGACACUGAUGUCAUCGUCCUCACCACAGGCGUCUUAGUGCUGAUAACUAUGCUGCCAAUGAUCCCACAGUCAGGGAAGCAGCACCUGCACGACUUCUUUGACAUUUUUGGCCGUCUUUCGUCGUGGUGCCUCAAGAAACCAGGCCACGUGACAGAAAUCUACCUUGUCCAUCUCCACGCCAGUGUGUAUGCUCUCUUUCAUCGCCUCUAUGGAAUGUACCCUUGCAACUUUGUCUCUUUUCUGCGGUCUCACUACAGUAUGAAGGAGAACUUGGAGACUUUUGAGGAAGUGGUCAAGCCAAUGAUGGAACACGUGCGAAUUCAUCCGGAAUUAGUGACUGGAUCCAAGGACCAUGAACUGGACCCUCGGAGGUGGAAGAAAUUAGAAACACAUGAUGUUGUGAUAGAGUGUGCCAAAAUCUCUCUGGACCCUACAGAAGCCUCCUAUGAAGACGGCUAUUCUGUGUCUCACCAAAACUCAGCCCGCUUUCCUCAUCGUUCAGCCGAUGUCACCACAAGCCCUUAUGUUGACACACAGAAUAGCUAUGGGAUUGCUGCCUCCACCCCUUACUGCACAUCCCGGCUGUCGUCGUUCAGCUCGCCAGGGCAGCUGCCUCCGACUCUGAGCGCCCCGUCGACACGGCCGUUAACUGAACCGCCACAAGCUACCUUUUGGAGCCCGUCUGUGGUUUGUGGUAUGACCACUCCUCCAACGUCUCCCGGAAAUGUCCCACCCGAUUUGUCACACCCUUACAGUAAAGUCUUCGGUACAACUGGUGGGAAAGGGACUCCUCUGGGAACCCCGGCGACCUCACCCCCUCCAGCCCCGCUCUGCCACUCGGAUGACUACGUGCACAUUUCACUCCCGCAGGCCACAGCUGUACCCCCCAGGAAGGAGGAGAGAACAGACUCUGCGAGGCCGUGUCUGCAGAGACAACACCAUCUUCCGAAUGACAGGGGACCAGAAGAACUGUCUGGCAGCAAAGGUUCUGUCACUCUAAGUGACCUUCAGGUGUUUCUCGGUAACCUGGCCUUUGAAGAAGACAGCAUAGAAAAAGACAAAGAAGAAGCGGCAAUAUCUAAAGAACUUUCUGAGAUCACGACGGCCGAUGCUGAGCCCCUGGUUCCUCGAGGAGGCUUUGACUCUCCCUUCUACCGAGACAGCCUCCCGGGCUGUCCGAGGAAGACCCAUUCCGCUGCCUGCGGUGCUCAGGGUGCCAGUGUGAAUGCUGAGCCUUUGAACUCCUCCCUGGACAAGCUUGGGCCUGACACACCAAAGCAAGCGUUUACUCCCAUCGACCUGCCCUGUGGGGGCGCCGAGGGCAGCCCUGCCGGGAACAGGGAGCGCCAGACUUCUCUGCAGACCAGUAUCCUCACUCCCAGCCCUUGUAAAAUCCCACCUCAGAAGGGCGCCGGCUUUGGAAGUGGGCAGCCUCCCCCGUACGAUCACCUGUUUGAGGUGGCGUUGCCAAAGACGGCCCAUCAUUUUGUCAGCAAGAAGACCGAGGAACUACUACAGAAAGCAAAAGGACACACCGCGGAAGACUACAGGCCCUGCAGCUCCCCGGUGGAGGUGCUGGACAGGCUGAUCCAACAGGGAGCAGACGCACACAGCAGGGAGCUGAACAAGUUGUCUUUACCGAGCAAGUCUGUGGACUGGACCCACUUUGGAGGCUCUCCUCCCUCAGAUGAGAUCCGCAGCCUCCGUAACCAGCUGCUUUUACUGCACAAUCAGUUGCUCUAUGAGCGUUUUAAGAGGCAGCAGCAUGCUGUCCGGAACCGACGGCUGCUCAGGAAGGUGAUCCGAGCCGCGGCCCUGGAGGAGCACAACGCAGCCAUGAAAGACCAGUUGAAGUUACAAGAGAAAGACAUCCAGAUAUGGAAGGUCAGUCUGCAGAGAGAACAAGCCAGAUACAGUCAGCUGCAGGAGCAGCGGGACACAGUGGUCACCCAGCUCCACAGUCAGGUCCGACAGCUGCAGCACGACCGAGAAGAAUUCUACAACCAGAGCCAGGAGUUACAGACGAAGCUGGAGGACUGCAGGAACAUGGUGGCCGAGCUGCGCCUGCAGCUGAAGAAGGCGAACAGCAAGGUGUGUCACACGGAGCUUCUACUCAGCCAGGUCUCUCAGAAGCUCUCAAACAGUGAGUCGGUCCAGCAGCACAUGGAGUUCCUGAACAGGCAGCUGCUGGUUCUCGGGGAGGUCAACGAGCUGUAUCUGGAGCAACUGCAGAACAAGCAUUCAGACACCACAAAGGAAGUAGAAAUGAUGAAAGCUGCGUAUCGGAAAGAACUAGAAAAAAACAGAAGCCACGUUCUCCAGCAGAAUCAGAGGCUUGACACCUCCCAAAAAAGGAUUUUGGAACUGGAAUCUCAUCUGGCCAAGAAAGACCACCUUCUUUUGGAACAGAAGAAGUAUUUAGAGGAUGUCAAACUACAGGCAAGAGGACAGCUGCAGGCUGCAGAGAGCAGGUAUGAGGCUCAGAAAAGGAUUACCCAAGUGUUUGAAUUGGAGGUUUUAGACUUAUACAGCCGGUUGGAGAAAGAUGGCCUCCUGAAAAAACUUGAAGAAGAAAAAACAGAAGCAGCUGAAGCGGCAGAAGAAAGGCUCGACUGUUGUAAUGACGGCUGCUCGGAUUCCGUAACAGGGCACAGUGAAGAGGCAUCUGGCCACAACGGGGAGGCCAAGCCCCCCAGGCCUGGCAUCGCCCGGGGCAGCAGUGGGAGUAGAGGCGGCGGCGGCAGCAGCAGCAGCAGCAGUGAGCUUUCCACCCCUGAGAAGCCCCCCAGCCAGAGGGCGGGCCCGUUCAGCAGUCGGUGGGAGUCGGCCAUGGGCGAGCCGUCUUCCAGCAUCCCUGCGACUGUCGGCUCACUUCCCAGUUCCAAAAGCUUCCUGGGCAUGAAGGCGCGAGAGUUAUUUCGGAAUAAGAGUGAGAGUCAGUGCGAUGAGGACGGCAUGACCAUCAGUAGCCUUCCUGAGGCCCUAAAGACAGAACUGGGCAAAGACGCGGGCGUAGAAGCCAAGCCUGCCUUGACCGUGGACGGCCCGCACCCGUCCCCCCCCACCCCGGACAGUGUUGGACAGCUCCGUAUCAUGGACUACAACGAGACCCAUCAUGAACACAGCUAAGGCUGCUGGCCCAUCAGUGUUAACUUGCGUAUUGCUGACAUAGAACAGGAGGUGUGGACGCACGUUUCAAAGCUUUCCUGUUUCCAGGGUUUGAGUGGCUAGCUCACGCAGUGGAAAUGGGAUGGAGGUCCUUUUGACAGUUGACUGAAUGCGGAACGGUUUUUGGAUCUGGCAUUGAAAUGCCUCUUAACCUUUCCCUCGACCCACCCCCAAACCUCUCUCUCAUUUACCUAGCAGUGUGUACUAAUCCGAGGGCCAGUUUGCAUUCCUCAGUAGUUUUAUUUUCUUCCUUUCCCCCCCAAAUGGUCGCGUCCUUUGAACCAGUGCAAUAUGAGGCCAAAUUUAAUCUCUGAGUCUAACACACCACUCUCUCCUGAAGCUCAGAUAACUGGGUUGGCUCCCCGUGAGCCCAGAUGAUUGGGGGUACUGCAGGUAAGUCUGCUUUUCUCCUUUUCCGGGAGGACAUAGCAUGCAAAGCUGUCCCCCUUCAUGUGGAAGCUUUUCCAUGAGAUUUCUUCGCUGCUUUUGGUUCUGAAGUUUAGCAUGUAAAGCAGCAGGUCUGGAAAAACAAUGGUUUGGUCACCCUUACAUUCUUUUGGCGGUUCUCAUAAGCUUCCUAGAAAGUUCUAUGCGAACAGACAUCCGUUGUUUGGAAAGUCUGGAGCUGGCACUGUGGAGACCACCCUCCCCUUUGGGAAUGCUUAUCCCCUUCCCCACUACCUCUUAUUUAUUUGGUGUUUGCUCGAACGCUGGUACUGUUCCGACCUCAGGCUGGUGUGUGAGUGGGAAGCCUGCUCCCUGCACGACGGAAGGAA